UGAGAAACGAUGUCGUUUAGGCGCUACUAGAGAGUUAAGAAAAGCCGUAACGCGGCUUCUAGAUUGCGCACAACUUCUGAUUUCUGAGUUCUGAAGGGAAAAUCAAAAGGCUUGGCUUGCAAUUCCCGACCAGUUUAAGCGAAUAGAAUCGAACGUCUCUUUGUGGAUGAAGGUUCCUUUUUUGCAUCUUCGAGUAGAUUUCUAGUAUCAUUUGUCGAUCGAGUGCGAGGAUAAUUUUUUUGGUUUCUGUUGAAUUGGGAUUUUUAUCGAGUUGAUUCAAAUCAUGGAAAAUAAUCAAUCAGUGGAUGAAGUAAAUGUAUCAGAUGGAGGGUAUGGUGUGAAAGAAAGCAGUAGGGAUCAGAGAGAAGCUCUACCAGGAGAGCCUAAGUGUGUUAUAUGUGGCCGCUAUGGUGAGUAUAUAUGUGAUGUGACAGAUGAUGAUAUUUGCAGCUUGGAAUGUAAGCAAACUCUUCUUUGCAGAGUUGCCAACAAGGGCAUGCGGGUUACUCCCGUUCCUCCUCAAAGAUUGCCUGCCACUGAUGAGUGCUAUUACGUUAGGGAAUCUGAUAACAGUUCAGGAUAUCAAGAUUAUAGUAGUGAUCAGAAUGAAUUGGUGAGAAGGAAACUUGACAUCAAUGUGAAGGGUGAUGCAGUUCCUGCACCCAUUCUGUCAUUCUCCUCUUGCAAUCUACCUCAGAGGCUUCUCCAAAAUAUUGAAGCUGCUGGUUAUGGCAUGCCUACACCUGUACAGAUGCAAGCGAUACCAGCUGCUUUGAUUGGUAAAAGCCUGCUUGUUUCUGCUGACACAGGCUCAGGGAAAACUGCUUCCUUUCUGGUCCCUCUUAUUUCUCACUGUGCAAAUUUUCGUCUUAAGCACUUGUCAAAGCUGAAAAAGCCAUUAGCAAUGGUUUUAACUCCAACCAGAGAGUUGUGUAUCCAGGUUGAGGAACAAGCCAAGUUGCUUGGAAAAGGUUUGCCUUUUAAAACAGCACUUGUGGUCGGUGGUGAUGCUAUGGCUGGACAGAUCUACCGCAUUCAGCAAGGAGUAGAAUUAAUUGUGGGAACUCCAGGCAGGCUCAUAGACCUUCUAGUGAAGCAUGAUAUUGAAUUGGAUGACAUAAUGAUGUUUGUUUUGGAUGAGGUAGACUGUAUGCUUCAAAGGGGCUUCCGAGAUCAAGUGAUGCAGAUUUUCAGGGGCCUUUUGCAACCCCAGAUCUUAAUGUUUUCGGCAACAAUCUCACAAGAAGUGGAGAAAAUGGUGAGCUCCUUGGCAAAGGAUAUCGUUUUUGUCUCUGUUGGCAAGGCGAACCGGCCAAAUAAGGCUGUUAAGCAGGUGCCUAUCUGGGUUGAUUCAAAGAAAAAGAAGCAAAAGCUUUUUGAAAUAUUGAUGAGCAAACAGCAUUUCAUGCCACCAGCUGUGGUUUAUGUCAGUUCAAGACUUGGGGCAGAUCUCCUGUCAAAUGCUAUUACAGUCACCACAGGAAUUAAAAGCUUAUCUAUCCAUGGGGAGAAGCCCAUGAAGGAGAGAAGGGAGAUUAUGCAGUCAUUUUUAGUGGGAGAGGUUCCUGUUAUCGUGGCCACUGGGGUUUUGGGACGAGGAGUUGAUCUCUUGGGUGUGAGACAGGUUAUUAUCUUUGACAUGCCCAAUUCUACUAAGGAGUAUGUCCAUCAGAUCGGUAGGGCUUCAAGAAUGGGAGAGGAUGGUACAGCAAUCGUGUUUGUGAAUGAGGAGAAUAAAAAUUUGUUCCCAGAGUUGGUUGAAAUCUUAAAAUCUUCUGGAUCUGCUGUUCCUCGGGAACUUAUUAAUUCACGAUAUACAGUGGGUUCAUUUGGUAAGGGCUAUAAAAAGAGGAAGCAUGGUAGCUGAAAUUUCCGGAUAUAUGUUAGAUUGUGGGCCAAAUUGAACUGAGCAUUCUAAUACCUUCAUGCUUUAGUCAGAAUUAUAACCGAAAGCCAACAUAAUUGCUUGUUUUCAGCUAACAUGUCAUUGUAUUGGUAGAAGUUUUGUAGACGUGUUGUUAAUUCCUCUUCAAUGUAAGAAAAAGGUAACCUGCCUACAUUAGAAAUACCGAUCGAUUUUCAUUGUUAAA